AACCUACAAUAAACGCAGUAGAAACUCAAAUACAAAUAAAUAAAAUUAAUAUAUGAAGUCAAAUCGUAGCGACGACUCUACGUAUUCCUUAUUCAUUUUUAAAUAACUUUGUAUACAUUAGUACAAUUUAUUAGUUGAACAUCACUCAACAAGUAUAAACGGCUAAAAUGCACCUGAUCCUGAUUUUAGCAACAGCUGCAAUCAUACAAGCAGCAGUCAUUAAGGAAGAUGAGGUUAAGCCGUGUGAUGGAAUCAUAAUAGACAAUGUAUACCAUGAAAUCGAAGAACUUAAAAAAGAUAUCGAUCGACCAUACUCACUAGCUGUAGCUUACAGCACCAACAGGGUUUAUUUCAGCUACAGUCUGAAUAAAGACGACGAUGUAUUCAAAACUGCGUAUGUUAAUUUAAAUACAAAAGAAUUUGCUCAUAUAGAAGGUGUUAAUAACGGCUUCGCUCAAGCAGUUGAUCAGACGAACCACGACGUUUAUAUAGGUGGAAGUGAUGGUAUAUACAAAUAUAAUCACAAAAAAAAAUCAGCUGAAUUUUUAGGUGUACGAGAUGCAGAUGUUUGGCACAUAUUCUUCAAGGAUGUGCUGUAUUAUUCAGUGUUUCCUUCACAAUUCUUAUUUACUUACAUUAACGGCCAAUCAGUUAGAUACAGAGACUUAGAAGAUACCAAGGUCGAUCAGUUUAUUAUUGACAAUGAAGAUGUUAUAUUUUUUACUAAUACAACUGGAUUAUUUAGUCAAAUGAAAGGAACGAAAGAAGCAACUUUGUAUCACGAAUUUAGUGAUGUAGGUGUGAGAGGACUGGCCACGGACAUCAACGGGGACGUGUUUGUGUGUCUUCCCGAUGGCAUUUAUAAAGUUGAUAAAUCUGACGUUUCGUUGAGGAAAAUGUUAGCAAUUGAUGACGUUUUCGGUUUGGCAUUUGAUAAUGACAAUAAUAUAGUUUACUCGGAUGCCACUAAAUUGAUUCGACUCAAACCUAAUAAGGAUAAGACUUGUUAA